GAUUUAAAAGUCAAUAAAUAGAAGAAAGCAAGAAGAAAAUUACUUCAAAUCUGGAUUUUCCAAUGAAUCAUCAGCUUCAAGUAUCAGAUGAAGAAUAUAAAUCAUCGUCAGAAGAAGAAAAAGAAAAGCAAGAGGUUGUUUUUCAAGAAAAUAUCCUCCCAAGUCAUUACCAAAACCAACAUUUUCACCAAUUCUGUCAAACACAUGCAGAUUCCCACUACGCAAAAUUGGCUAAUUUCACUUCCCCUAGUGCAACCUUAGUCCCAAAGCACCAAAACAACACACAAUGGUCAAGUUACAAACAAGAAAUCAAGAAUGUAUCACCAAAAAAGAAGCCAAAUAGAACCAAUACAGAUGUGAUAGAAGUCCACAGAAGCCGCAUUGUCCGAGCUACAGGACGAAAAGACCGGCACAGCAAGGUUUCAACAGCUAGCGGUCCGAAGGACAGACGAGUGAGGCUCUCACCAAACACUGCAAUUCAGUUCUAUGAUGUUCAAGACCGACUUGGCUAUGACCGUCCAAGUAAGGCCAUCGAUUGGCUAAUUAAAAAAGCUAAAGCUGCAAUUGAUGCACUUGAAAAUAAUCCUUUUCAAGUCCUCUCCAGGAAGAUUGACUCGACAAAUAAAGCACUGAGUUGGCGAACUAUAAAUGCUGAAAACGAAGAAGGCCAAUUGAUUCUUGAACAGAGUCCAAAAGUUAGUCAAGAAUAUAGCGACAUUCCAAAAUAUGAAUGUGAAGUUCAUAAUGACAACCCAAAUGGGAAUUUGAGCUUGUUUUCAUCAGUUAAUGACACCACGAUUCAAUCUGUAAGUGAUUUUCAGAGAUACCAACAAGGCCAUUUUCACUCAGAAAUCAAAAACGAAGACCAAGGCAACUUUUUCAAUUUUCAGUCGUCUCAAAAUGAGUUAAGAGAGAAUUCAACAUUCAGCUUUUUAUCGCAUAAUUUCCCUUCAGUUUUAGGCCAAAACCAGCUGUUUUAUCAGAGGGAAUCCCUUCAGUCCAGUGAUUUUAGUGUUCCAUUGAACACUCAGUUUCAGACUGUUUCUUAUGCUAACAAUGGAUUUGUCAAUGAAGAAGAGGAACAUGGUACAUUUUCCACUCCUUCAGCCAUUAAGGCAACUACACUUCUACAUUAUCAAGAUUAGCCUUUCACCAAGUCCAUGACUUAUAACAUUUUUUUUUGAGCUGAUAAUUCCCCACUUCUUCCCAAAAUGAGAUAUGAGUUCUUGGGCAUGUCUUUUUAA